AUGCCACCAGCACCUUUGCCGCGUGAUUUCACGCUUCGUCGUGCGAACUUUACGGAUCUACCUGCAGUUGCAAGGACCACGUCGUUGGCGUUUUGGGACGACGUUCUCUUCGGCCGUUUGAUACACCCAAACCGGGCUGCCUAUCCCUUCGACUGUGACAAAUACUGGUACCGUCGCUUCGUCGUAGACUGGUGGGAUCCAAGUCAUGUCUUCCUAAUCACCACUGCUCCCGACACCGACACAUCCAACGGUGAUAAUGCCCGGGGCAGAGAAGUGGUUACUGGGCUUGCCCACUGGAGUCGGAUUGCCCCAACACGACAAAUUAACUACAAGGCGGGCUGGGAACUGAGCUGGUGGGAUCCAAGGCGGCUUAUCAAACCGUUAACAUCUUUCUUCGUCCGAAUUUUGACGGCAUUAUCGCCAAACCGCGCCGCGUCACCUACCUACGAGAAUAUCAUUGAGCAAUCCUACAACUAUGUCGAUCACAUAUGGACCGGUCCACGGGCAGAGUCCUGGUAUCUUGAAUGUCUCGCUGUUCAUCCGAAGUAUCAGUCCCGCGGCCAUGGUCGCGCUCUCGUGUCCUGGGGCCUAGACCAGGCACAGAAAGAGGGCAUAGCAUGCAGCGUCAUCUCUGCCGAAGGCAAGGAGCAAUUCUAUCGAAAUUGUGGUUUUGAUUCUGGGCCCGUGGGGAGAGGGGGCGAAGGGGAUGGAAAUCCAACCAGGGAGGUCGAAGGGGGGAUUGUCUUCUUCAAGGAUAAGGUUGGGGUGAAAGUGAAAGCUCGACAACCGGGUGAUUGGACCUACGGUACAGGAUCAUUUCCAUGGGACUCAUGGGCACAAGAUCUGGCCAGAAAAGAAGCGUCUGCAACUGAGACGGAGGCGGACCAGUCCUGGAAAUCCGAGGAAGGCUCUCCCUGGGUUUGGCAGGAAGCCUAA